GCGAGGUUCUCUAGCUCCUAAUGUCUCAAAGGGGCGGCCGUGGCAGCGACCCGUGCGAAAGAUGGCAGGAUGUUUGGCACGGAGUUGCCCGUUUAUUAAGGGACAUUGCGGGUACCUUGGCGUCCCAGCUGUGAAUGGUAUCAAGUUCCGUACGAACACAACCCAGCCCACGAAAGCCAAAUUUGGGCCACUUCACGACGAUGACCGUAUAUUCACAAAUUUAUAUGGACGUCAUGACUGGAGAUUGAAAGGUGCUCUGAAGAGAGGUGAUUGGUAUAAGACCAAAGAGAUCCUCCUUAAAGGAUCAGAUUGGAUCAUAAAUGAAAUCAAGACUUCAGGUCUUCGAGGUAGAGGAGGAGCAGGUUUUCCUUCAGGAUUGAAAUGGAGCUUCAUGAAUAAACCAUCAGAUGGCAGGCCAAAGUAUCUUGUAGUGAAUGCAGAUGAAGGUGAACCAGGAACAUGUAAGGACAGAGAAAUUAUGCGCCAUGACCCUCAUAAAUUAGUAGAGGGCUGCUUGGUAGCAGGGAGAGCCAUGGGUGCUCAAGCAGCAUACAUUUAUAUCCGUGGAGAAUUUUACAAUGAGGCUUCAAACAUGCAAGUUGCUAUUUCUGAGGCAUACCAGGCUGGUCUCAUUGGAAAGAAUGCAUGCGGAUCGGGAUAUGACUUUGAUGUGUUCAUGCAUCGUGGAGCUGGGGCUUACAUCUGUGGAGAGGAAACAGCAUUGAUUGAGUCUAUUGAGGGGAAACAAGGAAAGCCACGCCUCAAGCCUCCUUUCCCUGCUGAUGUGGGAGUGUUUGGUUGUCCAACUACUGUUGCCAAUGUGGAAACAGUGUCUGUAGCGCCAACCAUCUGUCGCAGAGGUGGAAGCUGGUUUGUAAGUUUUGGUCGACCACGUAACUCUGGCACGAAACUGUUCAACAUAUCUGGUCAUGUAGUCAAUCCGUGUACAGUAGAGGAAGAAAUGUCUAUUCCACUGAAGGAGCUGAUUGAACUUCAUGCUGGUGGAGUGACUGGUGGUUGGGAUAACUUGCUGGCAAUUAUUCCUGGAGGAUCUUCCACACCCCUUAUACCAAAACAUGUGUGUGAAGAUGUGUUAAUGGAUUUUGAUGGGCUUGUGGCUGCACAGACCAGUUUGGGCACAGCGGCUAUUAUAGUGAUGAACAAGCAGACAGAUGUUGUGAAGGGUAUUGCAAGGCUUAUUGAGUUUUACAAACAUGAAUCCUGUGGCCAGUGCACACCCUGUCGAGAAGGUAUCUCAUGGAUGAAUAAGAUAAUUCAUCGCUUCAUCACGGGUAAUGCCCAGCCUGGUGAAAUUGACAUGCUGUGGGAAUUAAGCAAACAGAUAGAAGGCCAUACUAUCUGUGCAUUAGGGGAUGGUGCAGCUUGGCCAGUCCAGGGGUUAAUUCGACAUUUCCGGCCAGAACUGGAAGCUCGUAUGAAAAAGUUCCAUGAGGACACUGCUGUGGCAGCUCAGAAUUGAACAAAAAGAGUUCCUUGAUAUAUGCAAGGAAGUUUGCAGUUUGUGGUAGUCUGUUCAUCUGCAAUGCUUUCUUCACUCGUAGUUGGAGAAUGCCUGUACAUACCAAAGUACUUUUUAAGGAAAGGUACUUCAUUUGAAUAUUUAUUAGUAAUGUAUAUAAUUGGCAAUAGUAUCACUGUGUUUGUUUCCAUUUUUCAUUGUAUUUUAUUUUUCAUCGUGUAAAUGGAAGUCCAAAGGAGGUUUCUUGUUAAAGAUGAAUAUUUAAAUUUAGAGUAAAGGUAAAGGUGUCCCUGUGCUUAAUUAAUUGUGCACUAUACCAUUAAGACGGGGUGGAGUGCAGGUAUAGCUCCACCAUUCAUGGCCUUUUCACUAAAUGGAUCAGAGUUUUAAGAGGCACACCAAAUUAAUUUCUUGGUUCCUUCCUGAAUAAAUGUCACAAAUCUUUUUUUAUUGUGCAUUACUCUUUGUUUCAUUUAAUAAAAUUUAAUCUGUGUAACUAGAGUACUGUAGACAUUCUCUACAAAAAAUAGGUAUUUAUUUUCUGUUUUUAUAAUCCCUCAACCAUAGUUGCACUGUUGUGGCAUAACAUGUAUAAUCAUAGUUACUUCUCAAAUGAAGUCUGAAAAUAUUGCUGAUCAUUAAUAAGAGUUCUAUUAUUUAUAUUUCUGUAGCAUCCAAAGUAGUCAAGAUGAUCAUUUAUUGGGUUAACGUUCUACAAACAUACUACAUGAAAAAUGAACAUUGUAAAUAUAUAAUUUCAAAUUAAAAAAAAAACAGUCACCAAAAUGAACUCUCAGAAGAGAUAUACUGUUAUCCCCAGGAUAAUUUAAUAGUGUAUGAUACAAAAUACUUAUUAAUGUAAUAAAUAAGGAGUUAUAUAU